AGAAAUUGAUGACCAUUUUGCCUGAAAAUAUUCUUUGUCAAUUUAUUAUUCCAAUAGUUCCAAGUUAAUUGAAAAACUAAUUAUUUUUCAGUCCCCCAAGAACCAACACUUCAGAAUUUGAUUGAAUAUAUCAAUCGAAGCUCAAAGCUAAUGAACGGAGAUGAAACCUCGAGUAUUGAUCAAUCAUAUAAGAUGGGAUUCCCUGCCGACCUGACCAACGGCUUUGACGACUGUAGCAAGCCAACCAAUGGCGGCCUUGACCUGAAUGACCUGAAGGUCAGUCUGCCGCAACUGGCUCAGCUGAGCCUGAACCUGACCCCCCAUCCCCCACCACCCGCACCAAAGACAAGUGACAGUGGCUCUUCUGUCCCUCCUCCUCCUCCUCACUUCUCGCCCAUCUCUGGUUUCCCGCGGAAUCUGCGGACCAAUGGACAUUUGCAGCAGGUACGAUCAACCUCCGAUUAAUGAGUAGUAACUAGUUAACUUUAAAAAUUAACGAGUAGCAACUAGUUAACUUUUAACAUUAAUGAGUAGUAACUAGUUAACUUUUAACAUUAAUGAGUAGUAACUAG